ACUGUCAUUUACCACAUUAUCAGAGAAGCUUGAGACCUCCACUAUUCCUUUUUGCAAUACUGAUUGACGGCUAAGACCUUCAAGCAUGUCAUUCACAUGCCAGCACGCUGGGUGUAGCCGCGUCUACUUGCGAGCGGAACAUCUGAAUCGCCAUGCCAAGUCGCACGACAGGCCGACGGUGUUUACGUGUGGAAAAUGCGGCUCAAAGAUGACACGUCGGGACACUUUCCGCCGUCACAUGGCCCUCCAUGGCCUCACAGUAUCGUCAAAUCGUGCGCCCCAAGCGUGCUUGCCAUGUCGCCAAGCAAAGGUGAAAUGUGAUGGUCAGAGACCGGCCUGUUCAACAUGCUCAGCACGGUCCUUACGUUGCGGUUGGUCCAGUCGUUCAAACCGAACAGCUAGCAAUGACGCUCCGGCCACGACGCCACAGGCUUGGAAAACUACCAACGGGAACUCAUCAAUGAGAAUCAUAGAAGAACUGGAAUCCUCUGAUAACUAUGAGUGCGGCGGACCUGAAGACCAACAGAGUAUGGCAUUGAGUGAUCCCAAUGCUGAAUGUCCUGGUAAAAGAUUAAUGUACGACAAACUACUCGCCAUCUAUUUUGACAAGUUCCACCAUCACUGGCCGAUCGUCCACCGGGAACUUACUUUAUCGCGAAGCGUACCGCAAGUCCUCUUGCGAACGGUGGUUACGGUAGGAUUGCAUCUGUCAGGUAAUUUGGAAGCCAAGGCUUUGGCAGACUCGACUCUAGAAAGAUUCCUUGAGCAAUCCGGAACCACACUCGUGAGUAUAGAUCAAUUAUUGAACCAUGAUACGAUAGCGAGCAAGUCUACUAGGCUUGUUAACUCCAUCAUUCAUCCUUUCAAUUUUCACUUCACUCAUUGGUAAAUCCGACUAACAUCUCCAAGGCGUCUGUCGAGUCCCAGGCCGCUAUGAAGCCAAUUGCCUUGCUGCCGGCACAGAUGUUCGAGUUACAAGCUAUUCUGCUUCAGGUCAUCAUGGUUCCGUACCUGACAGAUCGUAUUAUUCCUACCGGUAUCAUGGUAGAGGCAUCCCUAGUAAGAGUUUUGAAGCUUGCUAGCAUAUAUGACCAAGACAGAAUCGAUGCCGAGGCUCAUACUCACGGGAUAAUAAAUCCACUGGUUCUACGGGAAUCAUAUCAACGCUUGACCCUGUUUCAUUUCAAGUUCCAUGCGCAGUUCCAGCGCUUUUGUCAGACAAAGUAUACAUGGCGUACAGUGUCCCUUCUCGUGGACCCGUUGCUACUUUGUAUCAAGAUCCCCAUGCUUCUCGAGUCUUGGGAUAAGCUAUCUGGAGAAGUACCAGAGGUCGAAUCGAUAGAUGAACAGGUCGAGGCAGUUGACCAUGGCCAUAUGACAACUGCCAGAUGCAUAAGCGACAUGUGCCAAUUUGCGCUUAUAGCCGAAGACCCUCAUUAUCUUCAUCCCAUCAAUAUCUUACAACCAGGCCUGGGUACCCUUAUAUGGCUUUGGAUAACUAGGGAGAAAGACAACACUCGGGAAUUUCAUGAUUAUGUAGAAAGAAUAGGCAUUGAACAUUUCUAGUAUAGAAAGAAAUCUAAGGAAUAAGACGCAUUAUUUCAU